AUGGGCAAGAAGUAUUCACCAAAACAACCGAAUAGCAGUAGCAGUAGCAGGAGCAGUAGCAAGAGCAGCUGCAGCUACCAUGUUUGUUCCUCUCACCAACAGUUGCAGCAGCACAAGCCAUUGCUUGCUCAAAAGGCUUCUGCAAAGAAGGCAAAGACAGGUCCUGUCAAGGAGCCCAGGAAAAAAGGAACUAUUGCUGGGGCAAUUGCUUUGAUCAUUGGUACUAGUAUAGGCUCAGGGAUCCUUGCACUCCCAGAAAAAGCAUCUCCAGCAGGAUUGCUUCCAAGUUCAAUAUCCAUAGUGGUAUGUUGGGGGUUUCUCCUAAUUGACGCCCUUUUGCUUGUUGAAAUCAAUGUGAGCAUGAGGAGGAAGCAGGGGAAGGAAGACAGAGAGAAUGAAUUGGAGGUCAUUUCCAUUAGGACUAUGGCACAAGAGACUCUAGGAGAUUGGGGUGGAACUUUAGUCACUGUGAUUUAUAUUUUCUUGGGCUAUACUUCAGUCAUUGCUUAUAGUUCCAAGUCUGGAGAGAUCCUCUUCCAUUUGAUCAAUCUCCCAGCUCCAGUUUCAGGCUUCUUUUUUACUUCACUUUUUACUCUGCUCAUUGCCAUAGGCGGGACUCGAGCUACUGAUCAAGUUAACCAACUGCUCACUGCUUCCAUGAUAGGUUUACUACUAGCAAUAGAGGUGCUGGCAGUUAUGAUUGGAGGAUGGUCAGGACUAGAGGGAACUGGAGACUGGGGCAAAGUGCCGGCUACAAUACCUGUGAUAAUCUUUUCUUUGGUGUAUCAUGACCUUGCACCUGUUCUUUGUGCUUAUUUGGGCGGUGAUCUCACACGCUUAAGGAUUUCAGUAUUUCUUGGUAGUCUUGUUCCAUUGCUAGCAUUGCUUGUUUGGGAUGCAAUUGCACUUGGCCUCUCUGCCCAUGCUGAUCAAGUUGUUGACCCUGUUGAAUUGCUUAUGAGGGUGAGAUGGAGUGGGGUUUCAUAUAUGGUAGAAGUUUUCUCACUCCUUGCAGUUGGAACAUCACUAAUUGGGACCCUUCUAGGCUUCUCGGAAUUUUUCAAGGAACAACUUAAUAACCUAUCAUGGAAUUCUCCCCUCACACAAACACUCCAGAAACCAAACAUCUCCGUUGAGCUGAGAAAAUGGUGGGGAAGGAAUAAAGUUAGCUUCACAGCAGUGGCAAUGGUUGUUGGUCCAUCUCUUAUCGUGUCAACUAGCGUUCCAGAUGCAUUCUCCUCUGCCACAGACAUUGCUGGAGGCUACUGUAUGACAAUGCUAUAUGGAGUUCUGCCACCAGCAAUGGCUUGGGCAAUGCACAAUAAUGAACGUGAAAAUGGUGAGCAAAAGACUUUAUCAAGAGCAAGGCCUGUACUUCUUGGGGUAGGACUAUUCGCUUUCGCAAUAGUGGCCGAGCAAAUCCUGCAAGAUAUCCUCACAUUUCGUUCCUAG